GUAAAUAUUACGAGUUUGCUCGUAAGGCAACAUAAAAACAUAAAUUACUAGUUAAUUUUACUAAUUUAGUCUAAUAAAAAAGAAUGUUACGAACCUUACACUUAUUAAGAACACAAGGCAAGCGCGCGUGUCGACUACGUUUUCAAUCUACAAGCGGUAAAAGUGGUACAGCCGCCGGUGAAGCAGCGCGGAAACGGCAAAAGUCAACGCUAUAUUAUUUAACUGCUGGAGGUAUUUUCGUAGCUGGUGCCAGUUAUGCGGCGGUACCACUAUAUCGCAUGUUCUGCCAGGCAUACAGCUACGGCGGCACAACGUCGCAAGGACACGAUGCCGAUAAAGUAGAAACAAUGCAGAAAAUUGAAGAUCGCAUAUUGAAAAUACGUUUUAAUGCGGACAUUGCCGCGUCGAUGCGUUGGAAUUUUAAACCGCAACAAUAUGAGAUCAAAGUAGUGCCCGGCGAAACGGCAUUGGCGUUCUACACAGCUCGCAAUCCCACAGAUCAGCCAGUUAUUGGUAUUAGCACCUACAACGUGCUGCCAUUCGAAGCUGGUGCAUAUUUUAACAAAAUACAGUGUUUUUGCUUUGAAGAACAACAAUUAAAUCCACACGAGGAGGUGGAUAUGCCUGUUUUCUUCUAUAUUGAUCCGGAAUUUACAAAAGAUCCGAAACUGGAAAAUGUUGAUACGAUAACAUUAUCGUACACUUUCUUUGAAUCAAAAGAAGGCUUGAAAUUACAAAUGCCUAGCUAUGCACGUCCUCAUGUAGCGUAAUGCAUAUUUGUAAUAUUGUUUUAGCAAAUUAAGCAUGAAUGUCUAAUAAUAUUAUUUAUUGACUGCCUCCUGACUACUAUUGUAAAUAAAACAUUAUAAAUACAAUAUUUUUGAAGAAAAACAAAACAAAAAAAAAAUCUGAAUAGCAACCCUACUUUAGUUACAAUUUGCAAGCCACUGUAGCACAUAAACAACACAUGUUUCCAUUAGCAUUUCCCAUUGUCUUCCGUAAACCGCUGUCCAACAACAAAAGUACUGUGAAACGAUUUGUUUAUGAUAAGAAACGUCAUAUUUUCUGUUUGUCUGUAUGCGGUUUCUGAUUGCUAGCGUCUGUUUAAAGUAAAGUGAUGCCGCAGCAGUCAAGUAAUUAAAACUCGUAUAUUAAAAUAGAUUUCUAACAGCAAACUCGCAUUUAUCGUCUCAGAACGUUCUGCGCUGUAGUGGUGAACAAACGUAUGGAAUAAAGUGCUGUCGAUUUUUAAACUUCAUACCAAAAAUCAUUGUAGAGCAUCGUUGCGAUUAGCUUUGAGAUGUGCAAAAUCGCCGUUUAUACUUUGCUAUUCGCUCUGAGCUCCUAUUAUUGCAGCGCAGUUGCGACACCGGAAACCGUCAAGUCAAAGACGCCGACGCACGUUGUGGUGCCAAGCAUCGAUGAUCUGUAUGAAUUGUUGCCGUCUGAUUUAGGCGAUGAACCACCAAAUGUGGUGGUAGCGCUUUUGGUACGCAACAAGGCACAUAUUCUACCGUUGUUCCUAACCUACUUCGAGCGCCUAAACUAUCCAAAAGAACAAAUAGCACUAUGGAUACGUUCGGAUCACAAUAACGAUGCGAGCACAGAACUGCUGCAGCUGUGGCUUAAUCACACCGCAAACUUAUAUCACAGUGUCGAUUUCGAGCAUGACGACAGUGUGCAACGUCAUCAAAAUGAGAGUACACCGAACGAUUGGCCUGCUGAACGUUUUCACUAUCUCAUAAGCUUAAAAGAAACAGCAUUGGUUUAUGCUAAGAAGAUUUGGGCUGAUUACAUAUUUUUCCUUGAUGCUGAUGUACUGCUAACACACCCCGACACCCUAACGCACUUGACUAGUCUAAAAUUGCCCAUUGCUGCACCAAUGUUACUGUCCGAAGGUUUGUACUCCAAUUUUUGGUGUGGCAUGACACCCGAUUAUUACUAUCAACGCACGGACGAAUACCGAGAAAUUUACAAUGUUAAUAAGGAAGGUGUUUUCCCUGUGCCAAUGGUACAUAGUGCUGUGCUGAUAAGAGUGAACUAUCAGGGCAUGCGUUAUCUUACGUUCAAUCGUGAACGGCUUCUUGAGCAACAACAAAAUGAGGUCGAAUGGGCAGAGCAUGAAGGGUUCACACCAUGUCGCCGGUACGAUGGGCCAGUCGAUGAUAUUAUUGUUUUCGCUACAUCGGCAAAUUGUUCACGUAUACCCAUGUUCAUCAGUAAUAAGCUACCAUUUGGUUAUUUAAUGCAACCACUUGAAGUAAACGAUGGUCUAGAUCAAGACAUGCAGCAGCUGAUAAAUAUACGGGCAAAUAUCGUACAUGAUCAGGAUGAAGUGGCGCCAGUGAAUGCGUAUUUCGAGACGUACAUCAGUUAUCCGAAUAAAACCAAACUCACGCUGGAUAACAUUUACAUGAUAAAUCUUGAAAGACGCCCAGAGCGCCGCGCUAAAAUGGAGAAACUCUUCCUCGAGAUAGGACUAGAUGUUGAAUAUUUUCCUGCCGUCGACGGAAAAAAUCUAACCACUGAGUUACUGGAAGAUAUGGGUAUCAAGUACCUGUCUGGCUAUGAAGAUCCCUAUUCUCACCGUCAAAUGACAAUGGGUGAAAUCGGCUGCUUUUUGAGUCACUAUCGCAUUUGGGAAAAUAUUGUCGAACGUAAGCAAAAUGAAGUGCUUAUUCUCGAAGAUGACGUACGCUUCCAGCCAUACUUCAAAGAUAGUGCCAUACGCGUGCUCUCGCAAAUACGCAAUGUUGUUGAAUAUGAUUUAGUUUACUUUGGCCGCAAACGUUUGAAGGAAGAAAAGGAACCUUGGGUGCAAGGUGCAGAAAAUCUUGUGCAUGCUGGUUACUCAUAUUGGACAUUGGGCUAUGUUAUAUCAUUGCAAGGCGCACGCAAGCUACUCGCCGCAAAACCGUUGGAAAAACUGCUGCCAGUCGAUGAAUUUCUACCGUUAAUGUUUAAUCGUCAUCCGAACAAAACUUGGAGUUCUCACUUCCCACAGCGUGAUUUGCUAGCCUUUAGCGCUGCGCCACUAAUACUCUUCCCCACACAUUAUACCGGUGAAUCGGGUUACAUUUCAGACACCGAAGACUCGGAGGUGACCUCAGCCAUGAACAGUGAUGGUAAUGUGCAUUUGAAGAGCGAUCGCGAAUUGGAAUUCCCUUAUGUACAACCAGAGCAAGACGCACCCACAAAGCAAGCGGAAGAUGAAAUAUAUGUGGAUUUAGUGAAAGAUAGCGAGGGUGGCACAUUUAAUCAAGAUUUGCAUUUUUCCAAAACCCAUGAAGAGUUUUGAGUACGCUCAUAUCCUCAAAAGCCUUGCUUUAAACAGUUAGGUUUUUAUUAUUAUUAUUAUUAUUGCUGCCACUUAAAUUGCCAUUGCUAUAUACAACAAUAUAUAUGUAUAUACUUUUUUAUGUAUGUGUAUGUACCAAUAUGCAUGCAUAUCCUUUCAAUGUGCCUUACUAGUUGUAAAAUUGAAAACAAAAACAAAAAACCCAUACUCCGUAUAGUUGUAGUUGCAACCUAUAUAUUCCAUUUAUACUCGUAGCCGUUAACUAACUCGAAUAUUCAUAUUAAUUUUAUCCACCAAAUACUCGCUAUUAAUUAAUAUACAUUUCCACACCGUAAUAGUGAACGUGUGUACUCAAUGCAAAUGAAUUGAAUAAAAAACGUCGUAAAAACAUGCAAACACCAAAACCUUAUAAAAUAUGAAUAUAUAAUUUCUUCAUAUGAAACAGCAAGUGCGUCUUAGCGGUUUUCAAACGGGUUAAUAGCUGUUAUGUUGCUAGUAGGUGAUGGAAAACCGGUUCACUUAACAUGAUAUUAACAAACAUAAAUAUACUAAUAAGUUGUUCAUUAAUAGAUUUUGUUGUUGAAUUAAUUUAAUAGUUUUGAAACUCAUGUAAUUUUAUUCACAAAACUUUUAUGUGUCUAAUAUUUAACUUGUACUUUUCAUUUCGAUUAUUUAACGGAUUAUAAAAAUACUAUUUAACUACAUAAAUACAUAUGUACAUGUCGAAUCAUUUAUUGGCCAAGAAGCCAGGGUUAUUUUAUACCAAAAAAUUUUACCUUAAAAAGUGUAUGCACAAGAAUUUACAAAUAAACCAAGAAAUAAAUAUAGUUCUUAAUUCCA